GAUUAAAGGUGUCAGUCCCAAAGUGAUGAAGGUGAUCCAGAUGUUGAGGCUGAGGAAGAUCUUCAGCGGCGCCUUCGUCAAAAUCAACAAGACCUCCGUGGCCAUGAUGAAGAUGGUGGAGCCUUACGUGGCCUGGGGAUUUCCCAACUUGAAGUCUGUUCGUGAGCUCAUUCUGAAGAGAGGACAGACCAGAGUCGGCAGGAGGAAAGUUCCUCUCACAGACAACACCUUCAUCGAGCAGCACAUGG